CAUGAGAACUCUGUUGAACAACAACCAUUUUCCAGCAAUGUUUAGAUUUUUAACAUUUCUACUUAUAUUUGUUUUGAAGACUGAAAUUGUUAAAUGCAUAAAUUGUUUUGCUUGCGAUUGGUACGCCGAUUAUACAACUGGAGAUGCGAGAUGUGGAUGGGAUAAUGAAUUUACAAUUCCACAAAAUCAGAGUGAUGUUUCGGUAGGGACAAACUGCGAAAAAUGUGCUUUGGGUAUACUAAGAAAAGACGAUAGAGUAAAUGAAAUCGUUCGAAGAUGCAUCACUGAUCUUGGAAAUGAGGAAUGGGAAAAAGAAGCAAAUUAUUGUUCUCACGAGCCACUUGUUGGUGGUCAUAGAGAAUUUUGCUAUUGUGAGAACGACUAUUGUAAUAAGGAUAAUAGUAAUAUAGCGAAUGUCUGCGAUACAACAACAACGACAAAUAACCUACAAAUUGAGGAAGUGAACCGGAAUAAGGAGGCAACAACCGUAAAAUGCUAUCAAUGCUUUUGGAAAAAAGGUCAAACCUCAGGUCCAUUCAAUCCAAAGUGUGGUUAUGGUGAUAAUUUUACGAUUCCGGCUGAAGAUGCUAUUGAAAAUUGUGAUUCAUGUUUUAUUAGACGGAUUAUGAAAGGGGACGACAUUCAGGAAAUUAAUAGAGGAUGUUCACCAUUUACUGAAGAUUGGCAAGCUCACAAGGUAUCAUGUGCCACUCAACCGUUAACAGGAGGUAGGGAUGAAUUUUGCUACUGUAAGGAGGAUUUAUGUAAUGAUAACGUUGACGACAUUCCCUCGACAUGCGAUUCAUAUAUUCAAGAAACAACAGCAAGAGCUAGUGAGUAUACAAUUCACUUGCGGAAUCCAGAUUUAUUUUCAUCUAUACUAGAUUAUUAUAGAUCUGGUGAAUUGCAUUUUAGUCAUUGUUUAUGUGGAUCCUCUAUAAAAGCCGAACUAUUAUUUUGGAAAAUUGAAGAACAUUGCAUUGCCAGUUGCUGCUAUAAUGCCUAUAAAGAUUGGGACAAAGAACAAGAAACUUUAAAAAUCCUAGACAAAACACUAUCUCAUUCAGAAAAGGGAAGUUAUACACCACAAGAAAAGUUUUCCUUCAGGCAUAGAUUAUGGAGAUUCUUAGAAAAGCCCAAUUCAUCAGCAGCUGCUCGCUUAUGGGCUGUAUUUUACUUCAUAAUGAUAUUAGUUUCUAUCGCUAUUGUAUGUAUGGAAACGGUACCAAAAUUUAGAACCCUACGAAGUGGAUCAAUUCCAGAUGUUGCUAAUGAAACAAACCCAAAAAAGAGAAUGUUAAUUGCAACGGAUAGUCAUCCAGCUCUGUUGUAUACAGAUGGAAGUUGUAUUAUUCUCUUCUUUUUCGAAUUAGUUAUAAGAUUUUCUGUUUGCCCCAAUAAGAAACGUUUCUUCGUAUCAGUUAUGAAUAUUAUAGACAUUCUCUCUGUAUUCCCGAUGAUGGGCUUGUUCGUAUGGAGGAGAUUCUUCUCACUAAAAACAAACACCUACGUUGCCUUAUUAGCUUACUUAUUUGUGGCCAGUGUACUUCGAGUAUUCAGAUUACUAAAGAUGGCCAGACAUCAUAAAGGACUUAAAUUAUUGCAAUUAGCUCUUAAAAAGUCGGCAGAAGAACUUGUUUUACUAUUUUUGCUCAUUUUCAUGGGUAUGCUUGUCUUUUCUACUCUUUUAUACUUUUUCGAAUUUGAAGACGAUAAAUCCGAAGUGACUUCAAUACCAAUUGGAUUCUGGUGGUGCAUAAUAACCAUGACAACGGUUGGCUAUGGUGAUAUUGUGCCAAACACUAGUCAAGGUUACUUAAUUGGUGCGCUUUGUGCUAUAUGUGGUAUCCUAGCAACAGGAUUACCCAUUCCUAUAAUUGCUUCGAAUUUUAAUCACUUUCAUAAUUAUAUGAGAAUACGUAAUAUAUUAUUAGAGCGUCAACAAAGGAGAAAAGACGCGGGUGUUAUGGAUAAUUUCCAAUUGAAAUUUCAUAAGAGGAGAUCAGUAAUAACAGAACUAAGUGAGAAUUAUGUAAUGGAAAACGUACAAAAGUCAAAUUGGUGUUGCCUAUUCAAGAAAAAUAUAUUUGAUAGAAGCUCCAGCUCAUCUGUAAGUCCGUGUACAACGACCGCCGGAGUUUCGCAAGCUUCCAUUAUUAACACAACUCUAUACAAUGAUAUCAAAUCUAAUGACAGCGAAACAAUAAAAUCCAAUCAAAAUAUAAACGAAUCAAGUAACUUGGAUAUUAAAAGAUAA